AUGGUCCUCUUCACAGUUCUUAGACUCCUUUUACUUUGGUAACUGAUGAUUUUCAAGGAGCACAGGGCCCAAAUGACAAAGGUGAAGCAGACCUCUAUUACCCUCCUAUUUGACAACCUCACCUUAGCCUUGAUUCAAGAGCUGCCGGGAGAGAAAGCCACAAUCCUGCAGUACAGGCUGGAGAUGUACUGGAGUUCAGCUGACUCAUGUGGGAACCCUAGGGAGAACCGCACCAUUGGGGCCACUAUGGUGAGGGUGCUGAGUAAGUUUCACCUAACUGGUUUUCCUUUCUACUGCUAUGUGGAUCCCUGAGUCGAGAUGUCCAACCACUUUCCUCCUUCAGGAAGAGGUUCCUCCAAGCCUUCCCUGAUGGCUGAAAUCUGGACAGAGAAAGAUGUCACACAACCCAUUCAGCAAAGGCUCUGGAAUGGCAAGGGGCACAGGGUCCUUCAAUUCCAUUUCUUGUGUCAAUGGCAAAAGGGCUUUGAGGGACUUAAGUCCUGCUGGUGUCAUACUUCACCCUUUGACCUUGCCUUCCUGUUACUCUACUUCAAUGAUGCUCAUAAUAGUGUUAAGAAGGUGAAAUCUGUUCUCAGAGUCCCAGUAGGGUUUGUAGAAAGGGAAUUCCUCUCACAGAGAACCCAACAAGCAAACAAUAUUACAUCUGAGGAUCCUGACUAUUCCUGGGGACAUAAAGGGCCUGAAAAUAACCAGUGCUCCCUCCAUCAUUACCAUGUCACCUUUCAUCUGCUGGGCUGGGAUGACUGGAUCAUUACCCCCCAUCCCUGUAUCCAAAAUUACCAUAAGGGAAUUUGUCUUGGGUACAGCACGAAUGGUCUCAAUUCCCCAAAUCAUGCCAUCAUCCAGAACCUUAUAAAUGAGCUGGUGGACCAGAGUGUCCCACAGCCCUCAUGCAUCCCUUAUAAAUGUGCCCCCACUAGUCUCCUGCUAGAGGCAAGUGGGAGUAUUCUGUACAAGGAGAUUGAGGGUGUAUUAAUUGCUCACUCUUGUAUGUGCAGAUGA